CGGGGAAGGAGGGAGGAGACGUGUGCGGGCGCUGGCGGGAGCGGUGGUGUGUGGCCGGGGCUCCCGGGGAAGCAGCUCUGGGUAGGGCUGGGCCGGGCCCCCAGGCCAUCCCCGCCACCGCUGGCGGCCUCGGCCAGUCCUUCCCAGGCCCCCUUCUCCCUUCGCCGUGGAGGGGUCCCGGGCCGCGCGAUGGGCGGCGCUGCCCGCGGGCCGGGCAGGAAGGAUGUGGGGCCGCCGCGAGCCCCGGAACCUCGGAGGUUGGGAGAUGGUGUGUAUGAUACCUUCAUGAUGUUAGAUGAAACUAAAUGUCCACCUGGCCCAAAUACAGCCUGCAACCCUUCUGAACCAGCUCUACCUAGAAGAUUAUACAUGCAUAAUAUUUGAAGCAUGUGCCAAGAACAUAAGGCCAGACAUUUGGAAGAUUACUACUGAAAAGCUAACAACCAGCCACACUCAACCAAUCCCAAAUGGAGGUGACAUUAAGGUGGAACAGCUGUUUCAGGAAUUUGGCAACAGAAGAACCAGUACUUUUCAAUCCAUAGGAACAAAUACCUCUGAAAAGUAUCCUUCCACCAUUUCUCAGGGUAAAAGUUCAGACAGUUUGAACACUGUCAAAUCUGGUAGCUCAUCCAAAGGGCUAAAAGUGGUACCUCUGACUCCUGAACAAGCACUAAAGCAGUAUAAGCAUCACCUGACUCCUUAUGAGAAGCUAGAAAUCAUCAAUUAUCCUGAAGUUUAUUUUGUGGGUCCAAAUGCUAAGAAAAGGCAUGGCGUCAUGGGUGGCCCCAACAACGGGGGAUAUGAUGAUGCUGAGGGAGGCUACAUCCACGUACCUCGAGACCACUUGGCUUAUAGGUACGAGGUGUUGAAAAUUAUUGGCAAAGGCAGCUUUGGGCAGGUAGCUCGAGUCUAUGACCACAAACUUCACCAGUAUGUCGCCCUGAAGAUGGUUCGCAAUGAAAAGCGCUUUCAUCGACAAGCAGCUGAGGAAAUCAAGAUUUUAGAGCAUCUUAAGAAACAGGAUAAAACAGGCAGCAUGAACGUUAUUCACAUGCUAGAAAGCUUUACAUUCCGGAAUCACGUCUGUAUGGCUUUUGAGUUGCUAAGCAUGGACCUCUAUGAGCUGAUAAAAAAGAACAAGUUUCAGGGGUUCAGUGUCCAGCUGGUGCGCAAAUUUGCUCAAUCUAUCUUGCAAUCUCUGGAUGGUCUCCACAGAAACAAGAUCAUUCACUGUGACCUGAAGCCAGAAAACAUUCUUCUAAAACAGCAUGGCCGCAGCGCAACCAAGGUAAUUGACUUUGGGUCCAGCUGUUUUGAGUACCAGAAACUCUACACGUACAUCCAGUCUCGUUUCUACAGAGCACCAGAGAUCAUCUUGGGAAGUCGAUACAGUAUGCCUAUUGAUGUUUGGAGCUUUGGCUGCAUUCUAGCUGAACUUUUGACUGGACAGCCUCUCUUCCCUGGAGAGGAUGAGGGAGACCAGUUAGCUUGUAUAAUGGAACUUCUAGGGAUGCCCCCUCCAAAACUUCUCGAGCAAGCAAAGCGUGCCAAGUACUUUAUCAACUCCAAGGGUCUUCCUCGAUAUUGUUCUGUGACUACUCAGGCAGAUGGGAGGGCAGUCCUUGUGGGAGGGCGUUCACGCAGGGGUAAGAAGCGAGGUCCCCCAGGCAGCAAAGACUGGGUAACAGCGCUAAAAGGGUGUGAUGACUACUUGUUUAUAGAGUUCUUGAAAAGAUGUCUUCAUUGGGACCCCUCUGCCCGCCUGACCCCAGCUCAGGCCUUAAGACACCCUUGGAUUAGUAAACCUGUGCCCAGACCUCUCACUACAGACAAAAUAUCAGGGAAACGGAUAGUAAAUCCUGUGAAUGCUUUGCAGGGAUUGGGUUCCAAAUUGCCUCCAGUCACUGGAAUAGCCAACAAGCUUAAAGCUAAUUUAAUGUCGGAAACUAAUGGCAGUAUACCUCUGUGCAGUGUCUUGCCCAAACUUAUCAGCUAGUAGGGAGUGAUCUGUGUGAAAAUAUGCAUAAAUGAUAUUUUUAAUCAUCCUGAGAGCCUGCAAAUUGGAAAAUAUAGCAUCCUCGGAGCCCCUGUGUUUGGCGGACAAGACUUUUUUAAAGGCAAAACUUUUUUGUAUGUAUGGAAAUGAACUUUUCAAGGGCUAAUUAUCUAACCACCUUGUUUCAGCCACAUUUCAGCACCUAUUAAAUUACUUUUUAUAGGUCAGUGUACUUUCUUGGUCAAUAAGUUUAGAUAUACUUUAGUGUAUUUUAUUGAAUUAAAAUCCCCACUCCUGGGACAAAGUGUAUAGAAAAAUGUGUCCUGGCUAUGAUCUCCAUUCUAAUGUAACAUCUCUUUCCAUUGGUGAGCAGCUGAGGAAAUCAAAAUUUUGGAGCGUCUUAAGAAAGAGGAUAAAAUUGGAAGUAUGAAUGUUAUUCCUGUACUAGAAAGCUCCACAGUCCAGAAUUAUAUUUGUUUGUCCUUUGGAUUGUUGGUGAGGAGUGAGAGUAGGAGUGGAGAUGACUUUAGGAAUAUGGUGGCAGUUGGAUGAUAUGGAGAACCAAAAAUCUCUUGCCCCAAGAAGUUGUUUUCAGGUCUUCAUGACAGGGAAAAGAGAGAUAAGUCCUGUGGGUCCUGUUCUUUUUCCUCAGUACCUAGGAUUCAACUUCUUCUUUUCUUAUGAUUCUAACUUGUUUUCUAGAAGCUCAGAGGGCAUAAUAGCCUUUGUUCCUCAUUCUCAAAUCACCCUGAAGAUUCAUUUGAGAACUGAAGCCCAGCCCCAUGACAUCUCAGUUGUUCCAUGGUCACCCACAAUGCUAGAUGCAGAAUCAGCACUAAAACUCAGGUUCAUUAACUUGGCUUCUGUGUAUACUAAGUUGCCUCUUAAUAUACUUCCCUUUGGCUCCCCUUCUCUACCCCAACUUUCAACACUUUUUCCCCCAAACCCAAAUCAUGUGUACGCAAACAAUUUAAGUAAUAGAAAACCAGUGUCAGAGAACCAAGAAUGCAAAAUAAAUGCUUUGCCAUUAUCCUCUGCCCUCCAGCACCCACCAUUUCCCAUUUAUCUCUCCUCUCCAUUCCUGCCUUAACUGUCAUUUAAGGUUAUAUCCUUGAUUCAAGGUAGAUUUUCGUGAGAAGCAGAGAGCUUUUAUUUGUACAAGAGUCAGUUUCAAUAUCCCCAAACCUCAACCUUCUUUAUCAGUGGCAAAUAACAAUCACUGCUAGCCAAAUGGCUUGCUUAGCCCUGGAGGAAAAGCAGGGACAAUUUUCAAAUAAUUCACUGGUUUCUUGUUGCCUUCUUUUCUCCUGUCCCUAGUCCCACUAACACCCAUCCCUAGAACAAAGAUUCAAUGGCCUGCUGGAUUCUUUGGGAUAGAUUCUCAUAAUGAUCCAUUUCCAUCUUUUCACUAUUGCUCUCUAUAUAAAUUGUAACUCUGUAAAUUACCUGGAAGGGAAUUCCUUGCCUUAUUCAAUGGGGGCGGAGGGGGGGCGCCCUGGGAUGGAUGGUUUCUAAAUUCCCUUCUAGCUGUAAAUCCUAUGAUCCUGGGUUUCUGAUAGAUCAAGGGAAGAAAAAUGUCGUGUGUGUAAUUUAUGAAUAUACUGUUCAGGUCUGAAAACAUCCAUGAUUUCCUUGGGAAAGCCCCAGUAAUCAACAAACACGUGUAAAGUGCCUAUUAUGGGUCAGGCUACUUUGGUAGUUUUCUAAACUUUAGUAUACUUCAGCAUGGCCUCAGUCUCCAAAGCAGAAUGGAUCUUUGGAAAAAAUAGAGAUGGUAAAAGUGAGGCUGGUACUUCCUUAUAAAUAUCUAGUUCUUUUUUGGUGACUGAGGAGAGACUAGCACAGCUAAGAAGGUCCUUUCAAAAACAAACCACAAACACUGUUAAAAACACUGCUUAUCUCCAGUUCUGGUUUGCAGAAGGAAGACUUCUCAUCCAGCUCCUGUAGAUCAUUGUACCUCCUGCUGAGUUCUCUGGCUUCUUGGGCUGCUUGUUUGGGAAGCUUCUUCACUAUCUAGACAUAGCAUAAGUUGAGGGCACCCUGUUAACUGUUAUCAGGAUGAAGGCACACUCUAAGCAAGUUCUGAAAGACUGUUGAUAUCUUUUUUAGGGGAAAAAAGACAUAGCUUGCAGAAAUUUUGUGCUUUAAUUUAAAAGGGACUUAAGUUCAGCUGGCAAUUUCUGCAGUUGCUGGGCCCAGGUUGUGUCCUUCCAUUGAGAGAUUUCUGUGUCAGAAUAUUUUGACUUGCUCUGGGAUUAUCGAAACUCACCCGAGUGGAAGGAAAAGCUAAUAGGAACAGAGCUGACAAGACUAGGAAGACAAAUGUUGGAAGGCUCUGGAAAGGUGAAGCGCUGUGUCUUUUAGUUCAAAUUUUGCAGCCCAGACAAUGACGCAGAGUACAGUCAUUUUGACUUGGCCUUUCUGCGUUCCAAGAGCUGAUUGCAUUUGGGAAAUUGCAGGAGAGUGGGCAGUUUUAAAGCAUGCUGGUUAUUGUACAGAUGGUUUUGAGGAGGUUUUUGGAUGGGUAUGAUGGGGAGAAACAAGUUUCUAGCUGUAUUCUGUGUGGUAGGUUUUUAGUAUCUGCUUCCAUCAUCAUUAUCAUCAACAAGUACUUGUUAAGCAUUUACUACGUUCCAGGAACUGCUUAGUAAUGGGAAUAUAAAGAAAGGCAAAAAAACAUGGUCCCUGUCCUCAUGGAGCCUUUUUAGCUACUAGAGCAUUUUACUACCCAGCAAGCUCUACGACUUAUUUAGGUGAUGAUCAAUUGGAUUUUCAGUCAAACAAUCACUCAAAUUAACCAAUUUGAUGGAUUCCCACCCCACACUGAAUUAGUGAGCAGUAACAGAUGAACAAGCCAAGCAUUGCAUUCCCAUCCACAAAAUGAUUAAUAGAACCGGAGGAGGGCUUGUAGCACAUGGGGUAGAGCUUUCGUAAAUGGAGAGGCAUGGAAUGACUUGGAAUGAGAAAGCCUGGAUAUGUUCAGAUCUUUUUUUAAGGAAGGAGGGCACACAAUAAAGAUCACUUAAAAUGACCAGGUCAAUAGGUUUCUUGGCAUUGCAGCAGUGACCCCAGCAUUUCUCACUGUAGGCUUUGUAACUAAUGAAUCAGGUGGAGAAUGUUAUGAAUUUUGUUCCCACGUUUAUCCUGGGUGUGCCACAAGGUCCCUUCCAGCUCUAAAGAUUUUAUUCUCUGUCAUCUCACAAGCUAUCAAGAAAGACAGUUUUGAGAGCUUUGCCAACUAUAAGAUUUCCAACCAAAAGGGAGUGGUUAAUCCUGUUACUCCUACCAUCAGACUUAAUACUGCCUUCUAUACUCAUCAUUAAAUUCCUUUCCUUGUAUUAGAAUGUAUACUCAUGAAGGGCUCAUGUCCUCAUUAUACUUUGUACAGUGCCCAGCUCCCUAUUGGUGCUCAGAUUCACCAAUAGAAAUUUCAUGUGUGCUGAAGAAGGUUUCUGGUCCCUGUAUAAAUUAUAAAUCACACUAUCCCUUUUGGUCCCUUAUCAUAGUGAUCCAUAGAAUGCUCUAAUUUUCUUUUGAGAGUGGAAUCAGAAGGGAGAUUUGUGAAGCUGCCUCUUCCAAGUCAUUAGAUAGAUUUAAUCUGAUCACUGAAAAAAACCUGUGCCGUGUAAGCUCUGCUUUCCCACAGAGUGGUCCCAGAAAUGAGUCAAGACGCCCCUGCAGUGUUCAUCCACCAGGGUAAAUGAGCUUCUUCUUUUGGCAUGGCUGUAUCAGUGUGUUGUUUUCUGAGGAAUUAGAAGGAGUUUGGGGACAGCCAAGUCAGCUAGUCAAUCUCAUGAGGUUUUUGGUUUCCGUGACAUUUAGUCUGUUGAGAAUGGGGUGCUAUUGCAUAAACUGAACAACAAAAACAGAAAAGCUUCAAUAAAAACUGCCGUUGGGCAUCUGA